AUGGCCAUCACUAUGCGAUUAGCUGCGAAAUUUAACUCUUACUAUGCUGAAAGGCCAGUUCUAACAACUAUGGUUACCAACGCUUCAAUUACGGCGGUCCGUUCACGAGCAAAGUCGAGUCGGAGGACGAGAGGUUCCGAUGACAGUUUUAUGUCAUUAGAGAUACAUGAUCUUCACCAAGGGAAAAAGCCAACCACUGACCUAGCAACGCCCAAAAGAGCGCCUCACCCAUUCGAUUUUGAGCGCCUCACCCGAUUUAUGGCCUAUGGAUUUUUCAUGGCUCCAAUCCAAUUUCAAUGGUUUGGCUUUCUCUCGCGGAUCUUCCCGAUUACCAAGAAGCAUGCUACUAUACCUGCGCUGAAGCGAGUGGCAAUGGAUCAACUUAUUUUUGCACCGAUCGGAUGUUUAUAUACCGACUCUGAAAGCCAAUUUCAUCUUAUGGCCGCUAGUGCAAAUCCUGAAUUUCCGCAUAAUGCCUAUUCAAUUCCAAAUCGUUAG